UAAACCUGGCUCAGGUUUAACAUACAAACUGUAACACACAUACAGAGGAGCAAGAAGAGCUUUUAGAGAGUUUGGAGGAAAGGUGUAAUCGGAUCUUAAGGAAGAUGGAGAGCUCUCUAACCGCUCGGGAUCGAGUGGGCAUUCAGGACUUUGUCCUGCUGGAUGCUUACACCAGUGAGACAGCUUUUCUGGACAACCUAAGAAAGCGCUUCAAUGAAAAUCUUAUAUAUACUUAUAUUGGGACCCUGCUGGUGUCAGUAAACCCCUAUAAGGAAUUAGGAAUCUAUACCAAGAAGCAAAUGGACAUUUACAUGGGAGUCAACUUUUUUGAACUACCACCUCAUAUCUUUGCACUAGGCGACAACGUCUACCGCACUAUGCUCAGUGAGACCAACAACCACUUCAUCCUGAUCUCGGGAGAGAGCGGUGCAGGAAAAACUGAGGCCUCAAAAAAGAUUCUUCAGUUCUAUGCAGUCAGCUGUCCUAGUACCAAACUGCUGGACAGCGUGAGAGAUCGACUCCUUCUGUCCAACCCUGUGCUGGAGGCUUUUGGGAAUGCCAAAACAUUGAGAAAUGACAACUCCAGUCGCUUUGGAAAGUACAUGGACAUACAGUUUGAUCACCGGGGUGCAGCUGUUGGUGGUCACAUCCUUGUCUAUCUACUGGAAAAGUCCAGAGUGGUCCAUCAGAACCACGGCGAGAGGAACUUCCAUAUAUUUUACCAGUUAGUUGAAUGUGGAGAAGAUGAAUUUCUGCGCUGGCUUGGUCUGAAAAGAAAUGCACAACAUUAUAGGUACCUAGUUCAGGGAGCGUGUGCCAAAGUGAGCUCCAUCAAUGACAAGAGUGAGUGGAAAACGGUGCAGAAAGCCUUGUCUGUUAUUGACUUCAGUCAGAAGGAUAUAGAGCAUUUGUUUGCAGUCAUUGGCAGCGUUCUGCAUCUUGGUAAUGUGAGGUUUGAGGCCAGUUCUCGAGGUUACGCCACAAUACACGGCACUGAGGAGAUAUACUGGCUUUCUAAGUUGUUGGGGAUUCCUGCUGAUGUGUUAGAGGAAGGUUUAAUUCACAGAAAGAUUGAAGCCAAAUCAGAGGAGGUUUUAAGCCCAUUCACAGUGGAUCAUGCUAAAUAUGCCAGGGAUGCCCUUGCCAAAGCAAUCUACGAUCGUACAUUCACAUGGCUGGUUUAUAAAAUCAACGAGUCACUGGCAAACAAGGACUCAAGUAGAAAAACUGUGAUUGGCCUUCUGGAUAUUUACGGAUUUGAAGUGUUUGAUGUGAACAGUUUUGAACAGUUCUGCAUAAACUACUGCAAUGAAAAACUUCAGCAGCUCUUCAUCCAGCUCACCAUCAAAUCAGAGCAGGAAGAAUACGAGAUGGAGGGAAUUGAGUGGGAGCCAGUGCCAUACUUCAACAACAAGAUCAUUUGUGACCUUGUGGAGGAAAAACACAGAGGCAUCAUUUCAGUGCUGGAUGAAGAGUGCAUGCGCCCAGGGGAGGCCACAGAUCUAACAUUCCUCGAGAAACUUGAGGAAAAGAUGGCUGGACAUCCACAUUUUGUAACGCACAAACUGGCUGACCAAAAGACACGCAAGACCCUGGGACGAGGGGACUUUCGCCUCCUUCACUAUGCUGGAGAGGUCACCUACAAUGUCACCGGAUUCCUUGACAAGAAUAAUGAUCUCCUCUACAGGAACAUUAAAGAUGUUAUGAGGUUAUCAAAAAAUCCCAUUAUACUGCAGUGUUUUCCUGCCACCGAGCCAGACAGCAAGAAAAGACCUGAAACGGUUGCCACCCAGUUUAAAUGCAGCCUGGCAAGCCUGACUGAAAUCCUCAUGUCUAAGGAGCCAUGGUACGUACGCUGUCUGAAACCCAAUAACGGCAAGCAGCCAGAUCGUUUCGAUGAUGUCAUGGUGAGGCACCAGGUCAAGUAUCUGGGUCUGAUGGAGCACUUGAGAGUAAGACGUGCUGGUUUCGCUUACCGCCGAAGAUACGAGGUCUUCCUUAAAAGGUACAAAGCUUUGUGUCCAGACACAUGGCCCAACUGGAAAGGGACCCCAGCGGAAGGAGUGAAGUGUCUUGUGAAACAUCUGGGCUACAAACCAAAUGAAUACAGGAUGGGCAGGACCAAAAUCUUCAUUCGUCACCCCCAAACCCUGUUUGCCACUGAAGAUGCCUUUGAUAUCUGUAGACAUGAACUGGCUACAAGAAUUCAAGCCAAAUACAAAGGCUAUAGGGUGAAAGAGGAUUUCCUGAGGCAAAGAGAAGCAGCUACCAAGAUUGAAGCUUGUUGGCGAGGUUUACAAGCCAGAAAAGAGCGAGAGAAAAGAGCCUGGGCUGUCAAAGUCAUAAAGAAAUUCAUCAAAGGCUUUAUGAGCAGAAAUCAGCCAACCAAUGUGGACAACUCAGAGUUUCUGGCUUUUGUUCGACAGAGUUACCUCACCCGACUCAAAGAUAAUCUGCCCGUAUCAGUGCUGGAUAAAAGCACAUGGCUAACGCCCCCUCCCAUCAUGCAGGAGACUUCUGCACUGCUGAGAAAGUUAUACACACGACUCCUGGUGCGGAGGUAUGUGCAAGGAAUCACUGCACAGAGGAAAGCACAGCUGCAAAUCAAAGUGCUGGCCAGUGACAUCUUCAAGGGCAAAAAGGAGAGCUAUCCACAGAGUGUGUGCCAUCCGUUCCUCAAGACCAGGAUAAAUGAACAGGAUAUGAACAUACGUGCUCUGCAAGCGAUUUGCCCUGAGGGCAUCAAGUACAGUGUCCCUGUGAUAAAGUACGACAGGAAUGGGUUUCGUCCUCGCUUCCGGCAGCUGGUUUUCUCCCAGAAGGCUGCGUACCUAGUGGAAGAGGGUAAGAUCAAGCAGAGAGUGGAUUACAGUGCAUUGAAAGGUGUUUCUGUCAGUAACCUGAGUGACAACUUUCUGAUUCUUCAUGUUACAUGUGAAGAUAUCAAACAAAAAGGAGACCUGGUGCUUCAGUGUGAUUACCUGUAUGAGGCUUUGACCAAACUGUGCGUGGUGUCAAAAAAACACAACCUUGUCAAAGUGGUUCAAGAAAGUGUGAGGUUUGAUAUCCAGCCUGGUCGAGAGGGCGUUGUGGACUUCAAGAGCAGCAGUGAAUCCAUGGUGUACAGAGCUAAGAACGGACACCUAAUGGUGGAGUCUGCCAAGACAAAAUCUCGAUGACUUCUAUCCACAGGACACUGACCCUGCCAUGAACUGACAUGAAGUUGUAUCUGCAAAAGUGAAAUCAUUUGACGUCUAGAGUACAACAGUACACACAGUUGUUUUCUACUACAUUUAUUGUCUUCUGUGUAAGUUUUCUUUUUACCAGAGACCACACUGAAUAUGUAAAUCAGAACUAUAUAUAAUGUCCUGUUAGUUGCAUAUUUUCUGUAUGAACUUGAUGACAUAAAAUUAUUCUUUUUUUUUCUUAAUAAUUAUCUGUGACCAUACCAUACAGACAUAAAUACUCUGUAUUAAUAUUAAUAUCUUAUAUUAGGAGACAAUUAAAGGAAAUCAAAAGCUUGAUCACUGUUUAAUAAGUGCAUCUGCUGCAAUGUAACCAUGAUAUACUUAUAUAAAUAAUAAUAAGCAUAAAUAAUGGUUUUAUUUAUAUAUAAUAUAUAUUAUAUCUAUUAUACCUUGGAUGUAGCAAAUAAGUUUUCGUUUUAUGCUUUUUGUAUAUCAGUGUAUAACUGUAGCAUGUUAUUUGACUUUGUGUACAGACAUUACUGCACAAUACAACUGUGAAUUCAAUAUGAAAUGUACUGAAUUGAACUGUAGCAUCUUAUGUCUGCAUUAAUUGUUUUCACUUCUGUAAACUACAUUCAUUUAACCCCAGAACUAAUGAACUGUGGCAGAUAUAAUGUUUUAAGAUGCUCACGUUUUAAUAUAGAAAGUGUAAUAACUGACAUGUAGGUGCAGGUGUGAUUCUUUUGUCCUUACUAAUUAAAUAGUAAACAAUUUUGAUACUUGUAUAUUAUAAACCGUCAAACCCAAAAAGUUGGGACAAAAUGUAAGUUGCUUAAAAAAUGAAA